CACAGCCAGGACACAGGUCUGCCCAGGGCAGAGAAGACACAGCCAGGACCCAGGCCUGCUCUGGGCAGAGAAGACACAGCCAGAACCCUGAGGUUGUUUUAAAUUAUUGAACUGGACCUUCUCCCUCAAGAUGACAAACAGUUCCAUGUUCUGCCCAGUUUACAGAGAUCUAGAACCAUUUACGUAUUUUUUUUAUUUAGUUUAUCUCAUUGGAAUCAUUGGGAGUUGUUUUGCAACAUGGGCUUUUAUACAGAAAAGCACAAAUCGCAGGUGUGUGAGCAUAUAUUUAAUUAACCUGCUUACAGCUGACUUCCUGCUCACUCUGGCAUUGCCAGUAAAAAUCGUUGUUGACUUGGGUGUGGCGCCCUGGAAGCUAAGGAUAUUCCACUGCCAAGUGACAGCCUGCCUCAUCUACAUCAACAUGUACUUAUCUAUUAUCUUCUUAGCCUUUGUCAGCAUUGACCGCUGUCUUCAGUUAGUACACAGCUGCAAGAUAUACAGAAUCCAAGAACCUGGGUUUGCCAAAAUGAUAUCGGCCGUCGUGUGGCUCAUGGUCCUGCUUAUAAUGGUGCCGAACAUGGUGAUUCCCAUCAAGAACAUCAAAGAAAAGUCGAAUGUAGGUUGCAUGGAGUUUAAAAGGGAGUUCGGAAAAAACUGGCACUUGCUAACAAAUUUCAUAUGUGUGGCAAUAUUUUUAAAUUUCUCAGCCAUCAUUCUGAUAUCCAACUUCCUUGUAAUUAGACAACUCUAUAGAAACAGAGACAACGCAAACUACCCAAGCGUGAAGUCAGCUCUGCUCAACAUUCUCCUGGUGACAGCGAGUUACAUCAUAUGCUUUGUUCCUUACCACGCUGUCAGGAUCCCAUACACCCUCAGCCAGACAGAGGUGAUAUCUGACUGCUCAACUAGGAUUGCUCUCUUCAAAGCCAAGGAGGCCACACUGCUGCUGGCUGUGUCCAACCUGUGCUUUGACCCAAUUCUGUACUAUCAUCUGUCGAAAGCAUUUCGACUGAAGGUCACUGAGACUUUCGCCUCGCCUCAAAAGACGAAGGCUCGGGAGGAAAAACCGAGACGUGAGAAUGACGUGCAGAGUACAGGCUCUGCGUGUUAGUCCUUCUUCCUGACUGGACCACAAAGCUGGCCACAGUUUUCAAAGAUAAAAGGAGAUGCUAAGAUAGAAGAGUCUUAGGACUAAAGGCUGCUGAUAGCUGGUGAACAGGUUCACGCGGGACGUCAACACAAGCCAGCCCUGCACCCUCACAGUUGCCGGGAUUCUUUAUUCCAAAUAUCUGUACAGGAAAAUUAGCGAAGCACGUGGAACGAAGGUCAACUGGAACCAUCAAAGCGAGAAUAGCCGUGGCAAAGACUCAGAGACCCACUUCGGUGCCUGGAACUGACUUCUUGAUGAAAAUAUAUCAAACAAUAUGAAUUAAAAGCAUCAAAUUACCUGCAUCAUUUUUACUUGUAAACGACUGCUUUGAACGGUAAUAAAUGCUCUCUAUUCAGCACUCCUA